UUUACGCUGUCUAUGAAAAAUAAAAUCCCGGAGUGCAGACGAUUCAGACUGAUGAAUGCUUUGUUUUGAAUUACUUUGUGGGCUCUUUAAGAUUCAAGAGAACCAGUGUUUGGCUUAUUCGAUCGAAUCUUUUUUUAAAAACGAAGAAAAAUAUCUAAAGGAAUGAUGGUGGAGGGUUCUGCAUUUACUCGGAACGAUGUGUUUCAAAUGGCAAUACGUGUGGCUUUCGUAUCUGCUGUUACUUACUUCUCUAUCAAGUGGCUGGUUAAUCAGAUAGAUCCCACUUCGAAAAGCCGAAAGAAAGCAGAAGAAAAGGCGCGGGAACAGUUACGCAAGGUCUCUUGCAGAGCUGGCCUUGGCAGUAAGCACUCAGUGGUGUUUGACAAGUUGACUGACCAUGAAAUGAUCAUCGCUUCACAACUUGUGGUCCCAGAUGAGAUUAGCGUGAACUGGAAGGAUAUUGCGGGUCUUGACAAUUUAAUCAUGGAACUGCGUGAGACUGUCAUUUUGCCUAUUCAAAAGCGAGAGUUGUUUGCAGACAGUCGAUUAACUCAGCCACCAAAGGGAGUCCUUUUGCAUGGUCCUCCAGGUUGUGGAAAGACUUUAAUAGCAAAAGCGACAGCAAAGGAAGCAAACAUGAGUUUUAUUAACCUAGAUGUGUCAAUGUUAACUGACAAAUGGUACGGAGAGACACAAAAGCUAGCUGCUGCCGUCUUCAGCCUUGCUGUUAAGCUUCAACCGUGUAUUGUGUUUAUAGAUGAAAUCGAAUCUUUCCUGCGCACACGCAACUCUCACGAUCACGAAGCAACGGCAAUGAUGAAGACCCAGUUCAUGUCUCUUUGGGAUGGACUUAUCACUGACCCCUCUUGUACCGUUAUUAUUAUGGGAGCAACGAAUCGACCCCAAGACCUGGACAAGGCGAUCCAGCGGCGUAUGCCUGCCACUUUCCACGUACCCAUGCCCAACGAGUUCCAAAGGGAGAGGAUCCUGCAUUUGAUACUUCACAAGGAACCCGUUGCCCCUGAUAUCGAGUACAAGAAAUUAGCAGCCAGCUCCGAAGGCUUCUCGGGAUCUGAUCUCCACGAAGUGUGUCGUCAGGCGGCUGUCUAUCGUGUCAGGGAUUACGCCCGAGAGGAGAUGGCGAGGGAGAAGGAGUCUCAAGACAGCAGAAGCAGAAACAGUACGGAGUCAGAUGAAGAAUACACAGACGCGAUGCGUCCAAUCACGAUGGAGGACUUACGACAUUCCUUGGCCAAGCUGAAGGAGUCCAAGAUUCAGUGCGGGUCGCUGGCGCCAUCUAUGAGGAUAGAGCUGGACUAAUUGAGGCCACGGAAACCCUGGAAUUUUCCACGCUCGAAUGUUCCACGAAGAGAUUUUAGAAUGAUCGCGGAUGUUGUUCUGGAAUUUGAUGCCUAAAUCUUUGGUGUAUCUGGAAUCACGGCGAUUCCGUAAAGUUCCGCGAACAUUCUAAAAUCAUUAGCGUUUUGGGAUAUUCAAAAGCUUUUAGAUUAAUUUCGAAAUAUUCAAGAAUUUCCGCGAAAAUUUAGUGUCUAACGCUUCUGUAAAUUUCGCGAAGAUUCUGGAAAUUUCGAAAUCUGUAGAUUGUUAAUAGUUAAAUUGACAUGUUGACUUACGGCUUUUCGAAAGUUUUGGUUCUGGGACGAAUGUAUUUAUAUUUGCUUGUUUAUUUAAAAAUUCAACUAAAAAAAUAUCCACCAUAGUUUUUAUUUAGUUUUUAAAACUUAAGUUAUUUCAGGUCACGCAAGAUCCUUGAAUAGAUAUUUGUUGUCCAUAAUAUAAAUUUAAAUAAGGGCCUAAUAUUAUAUGAAAUACAAUAACUAUUUGACCAUAAUUGAUCCCCGAAGCUCUGGGUUUGAUUCUGAGAUAUGAAAACGCUGCUCGCUUAUCGAUCAGUGUUGACAUUUAAUUAGUGUAAUAUUUAAAAACUUUGACAUAAAUUAUUAGAUAGCUAGCUAGAAGUUUGUAAAGCCGAAAAUCACGGAUUUAUAACAAUUUUGCAAAUCUCUUUAAUCGGCAGCUGUAAAGCUGUACAGUUUUCAGGAUGAGUCAUUCACUUGAUCGGUCCAUCUGGUGAACGUGAUAUUUUGCCUUCUGUGUUGCCAUGUUCUCAUCUCAUCUCCUUCAAAUGUUGCAAUUAUUAAACGAUAUUAUAACUCAUAGUUAAAAACAACAAAAAUCUGAUAAAUGCAUUAGAAUCCAUGGUGGUAAUCAAUUGUAACUGUUUUUUUUUUAAUAAUUUAAAAUAAAGUUUUUUUUGUUGUAAUGGCCAACCUCUAUAACGGCUGAACGAUUUUUAAUUAUAAUAUCACUGAUAGGCCAUGUAUCAUUACUUUCGAUAGGAACGUCUUUUUUGUAUGUCUCAUCUUUUUGGUUGAUUAUGUUUUUUUGAAUUGGAAUAUAAGUUUGUGCUUAAAAGUCCAUUGAAGAAGUUUGUAAGCUACGAAGGUGACACUGCAGAGCACAUUAAAGUUUUGAAAGCUCGGAACAGCUUUUACUUCGUUAUUGCAAUGUAAUUGUUCAUUUGUUAUGCCCAAAAAUCCACUCAAAUAUGGUUUGUGAAGCUCUUUUAAAUUGGGUGGUGUCACUGCUUAUACAGGUUUUAUGUAGAUAAAUUGUAAAUAAAGGGAAAUAAAAGGUUGAGAAUG